UAUUUCCAUCCUUAGCUGAAGCACAACGUAUAACUGGGGCUAAAAAACAAAAUAUCAGUUUAGUAUGUCAAGGACUUCAAAAUCAUACGAGAGGAUAUCAUUGGGAAUAUAUAAAUGCAACAACAUAUCAUAAAAAUUGA